AUGCUGUUCAGAGCAUCCAUAGUCGCACUGCUGCUUAAUGUGCUUGGUGCCACCGCAACGUGGUCAGCAUACCAAGAGUACCUUGCGAAUCUGCCUGCAAGCCUGCCGACCUCGAAGGCCGUUGCGAAGCAUCCUAGUCCGAGGCCUGCCUUUGGUUUCCACCCAAACCCGCCCUUCGCGCCGUUUCCCCACUCGCCAUCGAGGAGCAAGGUCUGCUACGUCCAAAGCCACAAUGAUAUGAAGACGGACGACUCUGCGUACAUCCUUGCAGCGCUCAAUCAGUGCAACAAUGGUGGAACGGUAAUCUUCCCAGUGAAUACGACCUACGUUAUAGGCACCGCAUUAAAUUUGACAUUCCUUCAACAUAUCGAUAUCGACAUACAAGCUUAUGUCCAAUUCUCCAAUGACACCGACUACUGGCAAGCUAAUGGUUUCUAUCAAACCUUCCAGAACGCUACGACGUUCUUCCAGCUUGGAGGCACAGACGUCAACAUCUACGGCGGCGGCAUGCUUGACGGUAAUGGCCAAAUCUGGUACGAUCUUUACGCGAAGAACAUCUACAUCCUUCGACCCAUUCUGGUUGGGACCAUAGGCUUGAAGUCUGGCUCUAUCUCCAAUCUUAACCUGCGUUACUCGCCCCAGUACUAUAACUUCGUAGCAAACAGCACAAAUGUUGUGUUUCAGAACCUCACCAUCAGCGGGUACAGCAAGAGCAACAACACGGCGAAGAAUACCGACGGCUGGGAUACCUACAGAUCCUCGAACAUCGUCAUUCAGAACAGUGUGAUCAACAACGGCGACGACUGCGUCAGCUUUAAGCCCAACAGUACCGAGAUCUUGGUGCAGAAUCUCCAUUGCAAUGGCAGUCACGGCAUUUCUGUUGGCUCUCUAGGCCAGUAUGUUGGAGAGACUGAUAUUGUAGAGAACAUCCUCGUCCGCAACAUCUCUAUGUCCAACGCUACGGACGGUGCUCGCAUUAAGGUCUGGCCCGGCUCGCCCUCUGCGCUCUCGGGCGAUCUCCAGGGUGGUGGCGGUACCGGCCGCGUCACGAACAUCACAUACACAGACAUGGCGAUCAAUAACGUCGACUACGCCAUCGAGGUCACCCAGUGCUAUGGGCAGAAGAAUCUCACCCUCUGCAAUCAGUAUCCUUCAAGCCUUACGAUAAGCGACGUCACAAUCAGCAACGUGCACGGGUCCACCAGCAAGACAUUCUCACCCAUCAGCGGUUACGUCGUUUGCAGUAGCCCAAGUGUAUGCAGCAACAUCACACUAGAUGAUAUUGCUGUGUUUGCGCCCAAUGGGACAGAGAACUUGUUCACUUGCGGCAACGUUGACCAGGGCUUGCUGCAUAACAUUAGUUGCACUGCUACCAACAAGGGUAGCAACUAG